UUAUUUGCUAUUUUGCCAUUUGCAGUUUGCAGUUUGCACCGCAGUAGUAGACUGCCACUUGUAAGUGUAAAGUGGGAGUCCGGUGUUCCGUGCGAAUGAGCACGACUAUUACUGACGUAGAUCGUAGACAACAUCAGUUCAAUUUCUCGAGAGAUAUGACCUGUAUAUGGCCGUAACUGCGCAGUAAUUCAGUAGAUAUGUUAAUAUUUAUAAUACUCAAUAAUUUUUAAGUUUUAACCGAAUAAAUUAAAUUUUAAUGGUCGACUGGAUACCGUGUUCUUAUGAUCUUGCAAUUCGCUGUCGUCAGGGGUUUCCCUACAAAAUUUUAAUGUAUUCGACGGACGGUUUUCUGCGUUUACGAUGUAAAACCCAGUCGACCGUCAUAAACUCAUCAAUUCAUCAUACCAUUCAAUCGAAAGUCUGUUGAAAUUCUGGUAGCAAGAGGAAAGCAAAACAAAAAAAAAACCACAUCGAAAAUGUUUUCUUCAAUGUUUAAAUCGCUUGUAGCUAUAUCUAAUAAACAAAAUGAAAAUAACAGUGAAUCAAAACUAAAUACUAUUGAACAUAAUAGUCAAAAUAUUGAUGUUCUUAAAUUAUUGAAUGAAAUCAAAGAUGAUGAUUCUAUUGAAAAUAUAGUCGUUUCUAAUGUAGUACCUUUGGACAUUAGUACUAAACAUUUAUCAAUUUCUUCUGACUUGGUUGGUGUUGAAAAAAAACAACAAAUACCUGUUGAAUAUACCAAUGAAAUACAAUUAUCGAACCAAAUAAAAUCUUUGCAUUGUUUAUUCACAUGGAAUUUAAAAUCGCAAAAGACACAAGAUGUUAUUACACAUAUUAAAAACAAAUAUGGUUAUUACAAUUUAGACAUUUCGGUAUCAGAAUUUACAUUUGUAAGGAUGGAAUUAAUACAGAUUCAAAUUUUAAAAAAGAUACAAAAAACCGUAAAAAUGGUGAAGAUGCCAUUCCUUUUCUUAAUAAUUUACUUCCAAAACAUAAUGAAAAAGACAAUCGGAAAAUUAUGGCUCAAAUUUGUUCACAUACAAUAUUAUUCACAAAUAAUUUUAGAGCUGGUGUUGAACAGUUUUUAGCACUAAUCGGAGAGCCAACAUUUUCUGCUAGUGAUCUUGUUAUGCAUCAUAAUUCGUCAUUUAUUGGUUCCAAAAUAUUUAGUUUAGCCGAACUAAUUUGGAAUGAAAUCAAAUUAGCCAUAGAAAUUUCAAGCGCCACUUUUCUCAUGGAUAAUUUAUUUUAUUAUUCAACAUUCUUAAAGAUUAACGAAAUGUGUAAUCUAAUAAUAAGAGCUGUAGAUCCAUUCAUGAGGUUCAAGAUAAUCGGUGAUACAUCUGCUAUACCUAAUUGUGCAAAAACAAUGUACAAUAAUGAAUUUAAAAUAGAGCAAUAUUCUAAAUCCAGAAAUAUAUUUAUUAACUCUCUGCAACAAUUAAAUUUAACUCAGAAUACUAAUAUAUAUUACAAUCAACAUUUAAAUUCUUUUCAACAAUAUCAAUGUACAACAUCAAUACCGUCGUUAAUGGAUAUAACGUUUGAUUUAACACCUCAAUCAACAUUUUAUACAAAUAAUACAACAACCAAUAUUCCUUCAAAUUUAACAAAUAUAGAUACUAGUUUAACCAAACUACCAAAAGGAUCAACCUCUCAAGCAACUUAUAAAGCUCGUCUCAAUAAAUUAUUAAAAAAUUAUCCUAAAAGUUUUAGAAUAUAUACAGAUGCAUCGAAAAUUCAAAAUAAUGUUGGCAUUGCCAUUGUAUCUAGUAAGGAUACAUACACAUAUAAGCUAUCAUCUGAUUAUACGUCAUGUGAAGCUGAAGCAGUAGCUAUAUUGAGAGCACUUGAUUAUGCRUUAGCAGAAAAUUUCAAAAAUUAUAUAAUUCUUAGUGAUUCAUUAAGUACUAUAUCAUGUAUUCAAAACAUAAAUACAGCAUCUGAUGUAGUUAACAGUAUACUGUGCUUAAUACAUGCACACCAAUUAAAAGGAAAUGUAAUACAUUUAAUUUGGAUUCCUAGUCAUAAUGAGAUUGAAGGUAAUGAUAUAGCAGAUAGACUUGCAAGACAAAUUGCCACAUCAACUACUGCAAUCACUUAUUCUCAUAACUCAUUUAUGGCAACAAAUAUAAAAUCAAAAUUUUUAAAAUCAUGAAAAUAUGUAUUUAUUUAAUAUUAUCAAGCAUUAAAUAAGAGCA